UUCACAAAAAACAGAUUUGUUUUUAUCGAGCUCUUUGAUAAAUUCAAAUUAAUUGGACGAACAGUAUUCGUAUGAUCAUCUCGAGUAAUUAAUUUGAUAAGCAUUGAAAAUCAAAUUUUUAUGUUACAUACCAUUUAUAAUAUUUUAAUCUAAAACAAAUGAAAUUUGCAACUUUACUAUGUUUCGUCGCAAUUGUCACGACGGUGAGUUAAUUUUUGUUUAUGCAGAGCAUUAUCUUUUUUUCUUAUCAAAACAUUUUGUGUUUUCAAUGCAAUGCAACAUAUCUUUGAAAAAUAUUGAUUUUAUGAAUAUCACAAGUGAAAACAUGGACAAAUUAUCUACCGGGUUAUUGUGUAUUAAUAAGAUGUUUGAAAUGCAAAACGAACAGGGUGACUACGUUCCAGAGAAGGUCAGAAGUUAUUUCGAACAUGUAGCCGUCAAUAAAGAUAACAUAGAAAAAAUUGUCAAUAAUUGUACUGUUAAAUCUGAUGGAACCACUGCUAAAGAAGCUGCUCUUAAAUUAUUCACAUGUGCCAUAAAAAUAGAUACUCUACGUUUUCCUUAUUCUGAUUGAACAUCGGUAUUUAUUGUCAUUUCUAAUAUAAAUAAACAAAAUAUCCAUUCUUA